UUCUAGCUCCGCCCUACGUGGUUCCUAUCUGUCGUGCAGCGGUGUCGGAAGCACCUAGUGGGAAAGGAAUUUUAUUUUCGUCGUACUAGGUAUUCAGCCUUUAGAAUCCGUCAAGUUUGAGAACUCGUCGCCGCUACCGUCAACAUGUCUGUCCCCAGCUCACUCAUGAAGCAGCCGCCCAUUCAGUCUACGGCUGGAGCCGUCCCAGUCCGCAAUGAGAAAGGUGAGAUUUCCAUGGAGAAAGUGAAGGUAAAACGUUAUGUGUCUGGAAAGAGGCCAGAUUAUGCUCCUAUGGAGUCAUCAGAUGAAGAAGAUGAAGAAUUUCAGUUUAUUAAGAAGGCCAAAGAACAAGAAGCAGAACCUGAGGAGCAAGAAGAGGAUUCCUCUAGUGACCCCCGGCUGCGGCGCUUACAGAAUCGGAUUAGUGAAGAUGUAGAGGAGAGAUUGGCUCGACAUCGAAAAAUAGUGGAACCUGAAGUGGUAGGAGAAAGUGACUCAGAGGUAGAAGGAGAUGCUUGGCGCAUGGAACGAGAAGAUAGCAGUGAAGAAGAAGAGGAAGAGAUUGAUGAUGAGGAAAUAGAGAGGCGCCGUGGCAUGAUGCGUCAGCGAGCACAGGAAAGAAAAAACGAAGAGAUGGAGGUCAUGGAAGUGGAGGAUGAGGGACGUUCUGGAGAAGAAUCAGAAUCAGAGUCUGAAUAUGAAGAGUACACAGACAGCGAAGAUGAGAUGGAGCCUCGCCUUAAGCCAGUCUUCAUUCGAAAGAAGGACCGAGUGACUGUUCAAGAACGCGAGGCUGAAGCAUUAAAGCAGAAGGAGCUGGAACAGGAAGCCAGACGCAUGGCUGAGGAGAGGCGCAAGUACACACUCAAGAUUGUAGAAGAGGAGACCAAAAAAGAGCUGGAAGAGAACAAGCGGUCACUGGCUGCACUGGAUGCUCUUAAUACUGACGAUGAAAAUGAUGAGGAAGAGUAUGAAGCAUGGAAGGUUCGAGAGCUUAAGAGAAUCAAGAGAGACAGAGAAGACCGAGAAGCGCUUGAAAAGGAGAAAGCAGAAAUUGAACGCAUGAGAAAUCUUACUGAGGAAGAAAGGAGAGCUGAGCUUCGGGCAAAUGGCAAAGUCAUUACCAACAAAGCUGUUAAAGGCAAAUACAAGUUUUUACAGAAGUACUAUCAUCGGGGUGCUUUCUUCAUGGAUGAAGAUGAAGAAGUAUACAAGAGAGAUUUCAGUGCACCUACCCUGGAGGAUCAUUUCAACAAAACCAUUCUUCCUAAAGUCAUGCAGGUCAAGAACUUUGGACGUUCUGGUCGCACCAAAUACACCCACCUUGUGGACCAAGACACUACCUCCUUUGACUCAGCCUGGGGCCAAGAGAGUGCACAGAAUACAAAGUUCUUUAAACAGAAGGCAGCAGGGGUACGGGAUGUAUUUGAGCGACCGUCUGCCAAGAAGCGGAAAACUACCUAAGAUUCAGCCACUUCUUCCACUCUUGGACACAGGAGAGAGUCGCAGCAUUUGGUCCUUGAUUUUCUUUCUCCAUUAUGUACAUGGUCCCAGUAUGCAGCUGACUGAACUGACUGGCAUACUUGCGUCCCCAGGGGGCUCUGUUUUUGAAGGUGCUUUUUGACAUUUGGACUCAUAUCAGAAACUUGUUUUUGAAGGGAGAGAAAAAAAGCACUAUCUAGAUAGAACUAGAGGCUUCCCACUUAAAACAAUUUCUGAGAAAUCCUAGAUUUCUUCACUGUGGCUUCCCAUAUUUACUUGGGAUUGUUAGGAAUUUCUUUUUCCAGCCCAAUAGCUCAAGUUAGAAAUGUGGGCAUGUAAGUGGACAAUGUGUUACUUCUACCUUAGGGUUAGAAAGCAUAUGUCAGGAAAUCUGAGCUAUUUGAAACCUGUUUUACAUUGUCAGAGUCAACUUUUCUAAGUAAACAUAUUUUUGAUCCAUUUAUGUGUGUAUCAAGAAAUAAAAUUACAAACCAGGUUAA